AUGUCGGCUGCGAAUUUUAUAGUUUCGAGUUGCGCCCGCGAGCUGUAAAUUAAAAUUCUUCGCUCCCUUGUGCUGCGCCCAACGCCAAUCAGACAAACGAUGUCGUCCCUCUCCUCGCCACUCGCUCACCUCCUUCCCCUUCCAAUCCCUCCUCCCAUCUCGUUCACCACCGCCUCCGCCCUCCGCCUCAUCCCACCGGAACGCCGCCGCCGCCAUUCCGUCUCCGUCUCCGUCUCCGCCGCCCCCGCCGCCACCCAGGACGAUGGGAUCCCCGCCGACGAUGUCAAGACCCUGGUCCGGUUCAAGUCCCGCCACAACUACAUCCGCGUGCUGGAGGUCUCCCGGCGGUGCGACCACCCCUUCGCCGGCUCCCGCCUCCUCCUCCUCGACUCCCCGGGCAACAUCCACAGCAUCUCCUUCCUCCUCAAGCCCCUCACCUCCACCUACCUCGACGUCUUCGCCACCCUGCCCCCCAUCCUCCCCCCCGGCCCCAUCGGCGUCCUCGGCUUCGGCGCGGGCUCCGCCGCCAGGCUGCUCCUCGAGCUCUACCCCCGCGGGGUGGUGCACGGGUGGGAGCUCGACCCGGCCGUCAUCGACGUCGCGAGGGAGUACUUCGGCCUCUCGCGGCUCGAGAAGGAUCACCGAGAUCGGAUCUUUGUCCACAUCGGGGACGCGCUGAAGGCGAGCGCGAGGGACGGCUUCGCGGGCCUUCUGGUGGACUUGUUCAGCAGAGGACGGUUGGUGCCGGAGCUCCAGGAUCCGAGGACGUGGGAGAGGCUGAGGAAGGAGCUGAGGAGGGGAGGGAGGCUGAUGGUGAACGCGGGAGGGAGCUGCGUGGAGGCGGAGGAUAAGAGCAGAGACGGGAGGGUGAUCAUGGAGGAGACACUGGAGGCGAUGCGUGAGGUGUUCGGGGAGCAGGUUCAGGUGUUGAGGCUCGGGAAUAGGCAGGACGACAGCUCGCUCGCUCUCACGGGUCGAAUGCCGGAUCUCGAUGCGUGGAAGGCGGGGCUCCCCAAGCCCUUGAGGCGUUAUGUCGAUCUGUGGAGGCCGAUCAGCGGUUAUAAGAGAUGAGUAAAGAAGGUGGAGCUGUUCAGGAUGAGGUGCACGUCAUGUGUUUGUGUUUAUUCCUGUGUGAGGAAGCUGGAGUGCGACUGAGCGUGUACUUGAAUUUGGACAAAUCAGUGAUGAAAUGCGACACCCAUUACUUGAA